AUGGAACAGACAGAGGCUGAAGGAGAGGCGCGGGUGGCAGAGCGACGGGUUAGUCGCAACGGCGCAGAUGGCGCAGGCAGGCUGGGAAGCUACCACGGCUGGUGCGAGGAUGGGAAGGAGCGCACAACAGCGGGCAGGCGCGGCAGGGAAGAGCAACAAGCAACGAGGUUCAGAUGCAAAGUCGAGGAGAAAGGAAGCAGUGGACGGAGCAGCGCGGAGCUGAGGGAAACUCAACACCGAUUCUCAUGGCGGGGCCGUGCUCGACGCAUCGUCAUUGUCCCUGUCAUUGACCUUGGUCCGCGCCGCCUGUUCCACUGUUGUGGACAUGGCGAUGCUGUCCGGCGUCGCUAUUGCGAAGACGCGAGCACAACAACGGCCCUCACGCUGUUUACACAGCGCGUGUCGACACAACAUACGGGUUCCGCGCGUUUCGGCGCCGGUCUGAAAUUAUCGAUUGCAGGCCCUGUCAAGCUCGCGCCGUGGCGCCGGGCGUCAUUGGAGAUCCGCAUCAUCGCCUUUCCUCGACCUGCAGAGGAUCUGAGCGGCUCCUAUCAUGAAAGUUGGCGCCGCUCACUCGACCCCCCUUCACUGGACUGUACCACGCACACCACCUGCGGUCUUGCUUGUGCACUUCCUUCGCGUCUUCAGAGUCUUCAACUCGUCCUCGUUCCUGCGUUCUCUGCAGCAUCCACUCCAACUCAACAGGCCCCCAGCAGCCAAUAA